AUGCUUACCCGCACGGCUCUCUGCAGUUCCUUCGCGGCGCUGGCGGUAGACGCGGCGCGGCGCUACGCCCUCACGGACACGGACAAUAAUAACAAUAACAACAACAACCAUAACAACAAUAACCUUAACACUAGUAAUAGCAACAACAACAAUAACACUAACACUAAUGUGAAUACCGUACUGUGGUAUGAUGAUACGGCUGACAGCACGCAGACACAGCGGGAACACCACCGAAGUGCCGCCUAUCGCGAAUUGCACCGACCGGCACUCACAAAUGCCGCUAUGGGGCUCUAUGGUGGUGAACCGGGAUUUGAGAAGGCACACCGCGUGUGGGUUGACCCCGACCGUCCACACAUGAAACACAUUUAUAAUCAAACAGCACUAGCGAAGAACCUUCGUUAUGCUCGAUAUGGAUACUUUAAACGUGAUAUGCAUAUUCUUGAUAUUGACAAACUUAUUCGACACGCCCGUAUGCUCCCAACACCAGGGAGACUUCUCACAGAUUUUUUGUAUCAACGUGUUCCUCUACCUGACAAGAGUUGUGCUGCUUUAAUUCGUUAUCAACGUCAGCAGAUUGAAAUGUUAGAAGAAUGGGAGCGGCACGCAAGUUUUCAAUGCGCUGCUGAAAUGUUUGAACGUCUUAUCGUAACAAACAUCCCACCUGUAGAAGUUGGAGUUGAGACACAUGCAGAGAUGGUAUUAUGUGCUGCUGCAAGUGGUAAAUGGGAGGAUGGAUGGGAUAUUUACGCUGCACGAGCACGGGAAAUGGAGAUGGAGUCUCCCGAUGUUUUUAUACUUAACACAUACUUUUUUGAUGCUUUGCUUGAACUCUGUGUAAUUUCACGGCGAGUGGAAGAGGGAAUGUCUGUUAUGGAAGAAGUAAUCACACGAAACUUAAAACCACGGGCAACCAUGUUAGAUAAGGCUAUGAUACUCUGUGCUAUUGAUGCAGAGAACUAUAUGGAAAAUAAUGAGACAGGGAGUAAUGCAGAAGAGUGGCAACAACGACGAGAACUAUGUAAUCAACGUGGUCUUGAACUUUGGGCUCUCUUUGAUUUUUAUCAAUUAGAACGCACAACAAGAUCUAUUGAAGCAUAUAUGCGUAUGUGUUGCGCUAUUGAAGAACCUACUUUAGUUCUUAAGGCACAAAGUUUUUCAGAUGCUGCUGGUAUUAGUCUCUCAUUAGAGUGUUUUCACUGGUUAAUUUAUGCUCUUAGAGGAAUUGCAGAUUUUGGUGAUUACAUAAUAGACCUCUUUUCCCAGUUAGGACCUCGAGGUUUAACACCAGAUUUUGUUUUAUUUACUCUAGCUUUUAUGCAUUGUGCUCUUCAAAAAGAUGGAGAACUUGCACUGGCUAUAUAUGAUCAGUAUUUUGUUCACAUGAAUAUAAAUCCAACUCCAGAAAUGACACUUCUCUUUAUUCAAGCAUGUGCUCACUGUAAAGAGCCAAAUAUAGCUAUGUUAGAAAGAUGUGAAGGGAUAAUAAAACGUUUAGAAGAAGUAGGAAGUAGUGUGGAUUACAUCUCACCAAUCUAUGAUCAGUUCCUUGAGAUAUGCGCUCAUUUAGGUGCUAUUGCCACAGGGUAUGGAGUAUUAAAAAAGUUAGUAGGAUUUGGGAAACCUCUCACGACCCGAAUGCUUAAUUCACUACUUUUAGCUAAUUCAAAUGCGACUCCUCCUAAUGGAUCAAUCGCCAUGACAGAGGAAAUAGUUAAUCUUUUUACUCUUCUUAAAGUGGAACCAAACGAGGAUACUAAUAUUUGCAUAAAUCUUUGUGUAGAAUCUUUUGGGGAUUCACCCACCAUUACUUCUUUCAUUACUGCUAUAGAUAAUUUACGACAAGGCACGGAUGAGAAAACGUUAUCAUAUGAUGAAGAUAUUCCUGUUAUUCAAGAAGCUCCACAUGUUCUUCGUCAACUUCGAGCCGAAUGGAAACUUCAGCCUCGUGAUAUGGUGCUUCGUCGUUUUGGACAGUACACAAAACCAAUAGGUAAGGGGGCAGUGGAUGUGGGAAGUAUGCAAGGUAGUGUAAUCCCAUUCGGUCGUUCACCAGGGGAGCGGCGUGUCUAA